UCCCUCAUGCUGGUACUCUCUGAGGAAACAAGGCGGCGCAGUUUGCUGGCUACAAGAAGCGAACUGAUUUGAUCGCGAGGGAAGUCUGCUGACUUGAUUUUGUGUCACCAGCUGCUCAGCUUUUGUUUUCUGCGCACAUUUUUGACAUCAUAUCUGGAACUUUAUUUUCUCUUACCGAACGGCAGCUUCGGGUAAACGUCUUGAUUGUUCAUCUCAUGCUUUAUUUUCUUGUUCUUCGUACUGUUUCUCUUUUCUUGCGACCUGGAUUGUUAAACAAGUUAUUGACUCCAAGUUGACUUACUUUCACUAACCCUAACCCCAAAUGUAUUUAUCACACGAAAAGGUGAAAAUGCCAGCGUUCACGUGGUUAGACUAAACCCUCAAAUGUCUCUCGUGGACAAACUUUGUCACAAAAAUGUGCCAUUUGAAUUUUGACACUAAUGCUAUUAUGUCCCGUAACUUGCACAGCGUGGGCGUGGGUUUCCCUGAUUCAUAAUUUUAGGCACGGCCGGUCACCUGAGCGGCUCCUCGCUGGGACAAAAGAGGGAGCUCAUACUUUCUGAUCACCGUCAAGUCGCGUCAAAUAACCAGCACAAGCAGUGACGUCCAUCUUGACCCGUGCGUGGACGUGGAUUCAGUGCAACAUCAUGUUACUUCCUACCAAGAGCGACAGGAUCAUAACGCACCUGCCCAAGUGCUUCAGUCCAAAGGCGGCGCUGCAGACCAAAGAGGUUUUCCAUACUCAGGUGCAGGCCGCGUGUCAGACACACAGGGAAGAUGCUGUCAGCUUCAACGUCGCCAAAGUCAUUGUCGUGGGCGACGUCUCGGUUGGAAAAACUUGUUUGGUCAGCAGAUUCUGCACGGGUGCCUUCGACAAGAACUACAAAGCCACCAUUGGUGUCGACUUUGACAUGGAACGCUUCCAGGUGCUCGGGGUGCCCUUCAGCCUGCAGCUGUGGGACACUGCGGGGCAAGAGCGCUUCAAGUGCAUCGCCUCCACAUACUACCGAGGCGCUCAAGCCAUCAUUGUGGUCUUCGACUUGAGCAGAGGGAGCUCCUUAGUGCACGCCAGGCAGUGGCUGGAGGACGCCAUGAAGGAGAACGACCCCUCCGGUGUUCUUCUCUUCCUUGUGGGCACCAAGAAGGACCUCAGCUCUCCAGAGGAGCUGGCUCAGGUGGAACAGGGAGCCAUUAGAAUGUCAGAGGAACUUGGGGCCGAGUACUGGGCUGUGUCGGCAAAGUCGGGAGACGGUGUGAGAGAUUUCUUCUUCCGCGUGGCCUCUUUGACCUUCGAGGCCAACGUUCUGUCCGAGCUGGAAAAACAACACGGGAACACCGCCGACAUAAUCAAGAUCUCGGGCAGGCCGGAGGACGAGCGCAAGCAGGCCAAGAGGAAGUCCGACUGCUGCUGAUGUGACAAUCUGGGAUCACCGCAUACGUUAGCAUGUUGCUCCAGGAGAAGACGCAUGGAUCGAGCUGGCGUGUAAAUAAAAAGUUGCCAAAGGACUUUCCCGCAUUCCUGUGUGGCUUGUUGACUUCCCACUUGUGUCAUGUGCCUCAGCGUGACUAAUCUCACAGUCUUAUGACCGGCAUGAGCGCGGCCUUCCGCGCUGACAUCACACUGACAUCCAUCUUGUGUGUGUGGGGGAAAUUGUUUGCCGUAUCCACUUCGGCUUAGACAACAACGAAAGUUUCGACCGACCCUUAUUUGA